AUGAAGCCAAUUGUAUCAGCCACAAGUGCUUGGGCUUGCACGAUUCUGUCAGCCUUUGGUGUCGUUAUAUUGUCUGUGAUCGCCCAUUUAUUCAAUACCAACCACGAAUCCUUUGUCGGUUCCAUCAAUGAUCCUGAAGAUGGCCCUGCUGUAGCUCAUACCGUUUUCCUGGCUGCAUUGGUCUACCUGAUCUUCUUUGCAUUCUGCGGCUUCCAAGUUUAUUUAACCAGGAGAAAGCAGUCAAUUGCAUUGCGCUGA